AUGGCGCAUAGCAUCAACGAGAAGGAGGCCAUGGGCGCCCACGACGAUGCCUUCCCAGAAUCCAAUGUCGCUGUCCAGCUAGCCCACGAUGUUGACAGCACAAAAUACUCCCCUUGGUCCAAGAGCAUGUUCCGCCUCUAUCUUGUCCUCGCCUGUGCCUACCUCUGCGGAUGCCUCAAUGGCUACGAUGGAAGUCUGAUGGGAGGAUUGAACGGCAUGAAAUCCUACCAGAGCUAUUUCCAUAUGUCCACUGCGGGCUCAGGAACCGGUCUUGUUUUCGCCAUGUACAACAUUGGCAGUGUUGCUGCUGUGUUCUUCACCGCCCCUGUCAACGACUGGUUCGGACGCCGCUGGGGCAUGUUCGCAGGUGCUCUUAUCAUCAUCGUUGGCACUUGCGUGCAAGCCACGACACAUACCAAAUCCCAGUUCCUAGGCGGUCGCUUCAUACUCGGUUUCGGCGUCAGUUUCUGUUGCGUAUCAGCUCCUUGCUAUGUCAGCGAGAUGGCUCAUCCCAAAUGGCGCGGCACCCUAACGGGCUUGUAUAAUACGACCUGGUACAUUGGCUCCAUCAUCGCUUCCUGGGUCGUCUAUGGUUGCUCCUACAUCGAGAACAGUGAAAGCGCGUGGCGAAUUCCCAUCUGGUGCCAGAUGAUCACCUCCGGAAUCGUGUGCUUAGGAGUCUUUUGGUUGCCCGAAAGCCCUAGAUGGCUUAUGGCCCAAGACAGAUACGAAGAUGCUGCCAAAGUACUGGCCGCCUACCACGGCGAAGGUCAGCUCGAUCAUCCUCUUGUACAGCUGCAACUCAAGGAAAUGGCAAACCAAAUCUCGUCAGAGGCAUCCGACAAGAAGUGGUACGAUUACCAUGAGCUUUGGAACACCCACUCCGCUCGUCGCCGCCUUAUCUGCGUCCUCGGCAUGGCGUGCUUUGGUCAAGUCAGUGGCAACAGCUUGUCCUCCUAUUACAUGGUCAAUAUGCUCAAGUCUGCCGGUAUUACCGAUGAGCAUAAAGUAUUGGCGUUGAACGGUAUCAACCCGGCCUUGUCACUUAUCGGUGCCGUCACUGGAGCACGCAUGACAGAUGUCGUUGGCCGCCGUCCUCUUCUGCUUUACACCAUUGUCUUCUCUUCCAUCUGCUUCGCCAUCAUGACGGGGACCAGUAAACUCGCAAUGCCGGGCCACGUUGGCAAUCUUGAUGAUGCUGACACUCAAACCCUUACCCCAUCCCAACGUGCUGCCGCUAACACCACCAUUGCCUUUAUCUUCAUUUUCGGUAUCGUCUUUUCUUUUGGCUGGACAGCCUUGCAGUCAAUGUACAUCGCGGAGACACUCCCCACCGCUACCCGUGCAAAGGGUACCGCUGUUGGAAACUUUGCGUCUGCUGCCGCGUCUGUCGUUCUUCAAUAUUCGUCGGGGCCUGCUUUCGAGAAAAUCGGGUACUACUUUUAUCUUGUUUUCGUCUUUUGGGAUCUUAUUGAAGGUGUCGUAAUUUUCUUGUAUUUCCCAGAAACCAAGGACCGCACCCUUGAAGAACUCGAGGAAGUGUUCUCGGCCCCCAACCCCGUGAAGAAGAGCUUGGAAAAGAGGAGUGCGCAGACGGUAUUGAACACCAUGGGAGCGCCAGAUGACGAGAAAGUUACGAUCUAG